AUGGGGAGUGACACGGUGCGUUACGCUCUGGAUAUCCUGGCCCUCCUGGUGGUGGUUCCUAAAGUCCAGCUGGUGCUCGCUGAGACCGUGGAGGUUCUGGACGAGACCCGCUCCCCUGUCUCCACUGUGGGAAUGAGCAUCAUUCUCGGCGUGGCGGAGGGAGAGGUGUUCGUCCACGAUGCAGAGAUCCAGAAGUCUGCUCUGCAGGUGAUAAUAAACUGUGUGUGUGCCCCGGAUCAGAGCCUGAGUCCUGGGGGGGGCUUUCCCCCGGCCCCCCCUUAUGUUCUGCACCACAUGUGGCAGCUGGUGCAGAACAACAACGGCAUCAAGGUGCUCCUCUCGGUUCUCUCGGUGAAGAUGCCCAUCACAGAUGCAGAUCUGAUCCGAGCUCUGGCCUGUAAAGCUCUGGUUGGAUUGUCCCGCAGCGCCGCCAUCAGACAGAUCAUCAGCAAGCUGCCGCUGUUUACCAGCAGCCACAUCCAGCAGCUGAUGAAGGAGCCUCUGCUUCAGGACAAACGCAGCGAGCACGUGCGUUUCUGCCGCUAUGCAGCGGAGCUAACGGAGCGCGUGUCGGGGAAACCUCUCCUCAUGGGGAGCGACGUCUCAUUGGCUCGCCUGCAGAGGGCCAACGUGGUCGCCCAAUCACGGAUCACCUUCUCCCAGAAGGAGCUGCUGGUGUUGAUCAGGAACCACCUGGUGGCCAAAGGGCUGCAUGACACCGCAAACACCCUCGUCAGGGAGGCCAACCUCCCCUCCUCCCCUCCUCUGAUCUGCAGGAGUCACCGCUCAGACAGACAAGGUCGUAUCGGCGGCGGCCAUGUUGGCUCUUCUCCUGCGUCCUCAUUGGCUGUUGCCUCCUCCUCCUCCACUCCCAUUCGCUCCCUCGUCCUCGCCUCCCCCUCGCCAGCGUCUCUUCUGGCGGGUCGGAUUCUGUUUUCUCGAGAACGCCCGCCUGCGAUCUGUAACUCUGGGAGGAGACUGAGGGCGCUGAAGCAGAAGUCGGACCACGGUGCCUUCAUACAGACUCCGGCCAUGAAGAUGCAGCCCCCCCUCGCCCCCCCCUCCCCCCCCUCCCUGGACAGCAUCAUCACAGAGUUCCUGAGGGAGCAGCAUGCGCGCUGCAUUAACCCCGUCACCACCUGCCCCCCCUUCUCCCUCUUCACCCCCCACCGCUGCCCCGAGCCCACGCAGCGCCGCAUGGCCGAGCCCAACUUCAGCGCCCGGCUGGGGGGACGGGGCCUGUACCCGAGGCACGGGGGGGUGGACCGGGGGGGGCUGGACCGGCACCUCAUCUUCAGCAGGUUUCGCCCGAUGUCGGUGUUUCACGAGGGCGACGGAGACGAGAGCGGCUUCACCUGCUGCGCCUUCUCCGCCCGGGAGCGCUUCCUGAUGCUGGGAACCUGCUCCGGACACCUCAAGUUCUACAACGUGUUCUCCGGGGAGGAGGAGGCCAACUACACCUGCCACACCUCCGCCAUCACACACCUGGAGCCCUCCAGGGAUGGGAAGCUGCUGCUCACCUCUGCCUCCUGGAGCGUCCCGUUAUCUGCUCUCUGGAGUAUAGACAGUGUCUUCACCCUCAAGAACUCGUUUGUGGACGAUCACUACGUGGAGUUCAGUAAACACUCUCAGGACCGAGUCAUCGGCACCAAGGACCAAGUCGCUCACAUCUACGACAUCCAGACGGGCGUGAAGACCCUGACGCUGAACGACCCUUCGCUGGCCAACAACUACAAGAGGAACUGCGCGACCUUUAACCCCAGCGACGACCUGGUGCUGAACGACGGCGUGCUGUGGGACGUCCGAAACUCACGAGCCAUUCACAAAUUUGACAAGUUCAACAUGAACAUCAGCGGAGACUUCCACCCCAACGGCCUGGAGGUCAUCAUCAACACCGAGAUCUGGGACCUGAGGACGUUCCACCUGCUGCACACGGUCCCCGCUCUGGAUCAGUGCAGACUGGUGUUCAACAGCAACGCCACCAUCAUGUAUGGAGCGAUGCUGCAGGCCGAUGAUGAGGACGACGCCAUGGAUCAGCAGAUGAAGAGUCCCUUCGGCUCCUCCUUCCGGACCUUCGAUGCCACGGACUACAAGCCCAUUGCCACAGUGGAUGUGAAGAGGAACAUAUUUGACCUGUGCACCGACACCAAGGACUGCUACCUGGCUGUCAUCGAGAACCAGGACACAGUGAGUCUGGACACAGUGUGCCGUCUGUACGAGGUUGGGAGACACAAACUGGCCGAGGAGGGAGACGACGACGACGACCAGGACGAUGAUCAGGACGAUGACGACUCUUCGGACUCGGACGAUGAUGAUGAUGACGAUGAUGACGACAUGGACACCGACCCUCUGAUCGAGGAACUCGCCGGAGGAGACAACCCGGAGAACGACGAGGGAGGAAACUCCCCCACAGAGCAGGAGAUCAGAGAUAUUCUUCUUAACAGUGACGACAGUGAUGAUGAUGACAAUGAAGAUGCUUCAGUAGAUUCGGACGAUUCGUUCAGAACUACUGAUGGAUCCGGAUCAUCAUUUGAGAACCCCUUUGAUUUGAGCCCUUCGGAUGAUGACAGUCGGGCCCUGCAGGCGCUCAGCGACCGAUGGUUCUCCUGACGGGACGACAUUAUACCCCCCCCCCCUCUCUCUUUUUAAAGCAUCAUUUCUCUCUCUUAAGGUUGAGUUGACUGAACUCUGAUCAAAUUUCCUGGAGGACAACGCUGACGUCUGUGAGAUCUUCUCUAUUUUAUUUUUAGAGGAAGCACGGUGAUGAUGAAUAAAUAUUUCCCAGAGUUCUUGGGGCUCAACAUGC